AUGGUGCCCCAGCUGCUGCUGCUGGCCCUGCUGUGGGGGGGGUCCCUGCAGGAGAAUCCAGGGUACAACCUCCGCGUGCAGAAAUCAGUGACAGUGCAGGCGUGCGGGGGCGUCCACGUGCCCUGCUCCUUCUCCUACCCCUGGAGUUCAUGGUAUUCCUCUCCUGAACCCUCCAUCUAUUGGUUCCGGGAAGGGGACGACAUAGACAGUGAGCCUGUGGCCACAAACAACCCAAACAGAUGAGUGAAGCCAGAGACCCAGGGCCGAUUCCACCUGCUCUGGGACCCCAGCAACAACAACUGCUCCCUGAGAAUCAGACACGCCAGGAUGAGUGACACAGGAGUCUACCUCUUCCGAGUGGAGAGAGAUGAAGUGAAAUACACUUACAAAGAUAAGAAGCUGAAUUUGCAGGUGACAGCGCCAGCAGAGAAUCCCAACAUCCACUUUUUGGAGCCUCUGGAGUCCGGCCGCCCCACAAACCUGACCUGCAGCCUGUCACUAGUCUGUGAAGUGAGACAGUUUCUCCUGUUCUCCUGGGCGGGAAAUGCCCUGAAUGGGAUGAACACAGAGGCCCUCCACUCCUCGGUGCUCACCCUCACCCCGAGGCCCCAGGACCAUGGCACCAACCUCACCUGUCGUGUGAAACUCCAAGGAGCUCAGGUGACCACGGAGAGAACCAUCCGACUCAGUGUCUCCUAUGCUCCACAGUUGUUGACCACCAGAUUCUUCCAGGGAAACGUCACAGAAAGCCCCCCUUCCUGCAGCUGUGUGACUGAGGAGCAGCAGGGCUCCUGGCCCCUGGUCCUCACCCUGAUCAGAGGGGCCCUCAUGGGGGCUGGCUUCCUCCUCGUCUAUGGCCUCACCUGGAUCUACUACACCAGGUGUGGAGGCCACUAGGGAGCAGGGCUGAGAGGUGUGGCUGAGUCUCCCUCCUUGUCAGGACGGGAAUCACGUGAGGAUGCGGAGAGCCCAGAGGACAGACGCGGGGACAUCACUGUGAGCUUCCCCUGGAAACACUCGACUCGAACCCUGUCUCAUCUGUAACCAAGACCUUUUCAUUUGUGGACAUGACUACGUAACGACACGAAGAGUCAAUACCAUUGAAAGGAGACUUUCAUCGCUUACAUUUUCCAGGAGAAUGUGGCACUUCACGCUGGGUAGGGCAAAGGGGAAGCAUGAGGUUUUGCUUAAGAGGCUGGAGCAGGUGUGGGGAAGCCUUUACUGGGGCUUCCAUGGGAAAGGCUAUGCUUGGCAGGGAAAAUUCUUUAGGAUCUCCUCAUUUAAAUGAUUCUGGUGGGCUUUGGGCUGCAGGGGUGGUUUAGGGUAAAGUAAAUAGUGACUCGGUGAGGGAGGGGUAGAUAAAGGGGGUGGUGCGAUUAUGGGGCUAAGGACUGAUUUGGUUUUAUUUUAAAGGUGAGGUCCUGGGGGAGCCCUUUUCUGUCUCUAAGAACUGGCUGACCCUGGGAGACAGUGUCCUUUUCAGGCCAGUAAGCUUUUUAAGAUGUCCCGAUAUCAUCGGAUAUAGAAAAUAAAGCAUAGUUAUUGAAUACGCACCCCCACUGCCUUCGCCCUGUUUCAGAAGUGCCUCUCCCCAGCCACUACCUGCUUAUGCUCUUGGUCCUGCUUCAGUCCUCCCCUCCCACCUUGCUCCUCUCUCUGGGUCCCCAG